UCGUGCAGCGCGGACUUCUCUAGAGUGGGCGUUUGUGGGCAUUCGCUAAAAAGACCAUGCGUGCAAACAAUUGUCCAGACAGACCAAGCUGAAGCCCUACAACACCCUGGUCCUCUCCGUCCUCCUAUAUACAUUUAUCACGCCAUGCAAAAAAGAAACUGUACCAUUCCUAAAUAACUUUUGACAAACAUUAUGUCGCUAGUAGUAUAGAAACAGCCAACCUGAUGUAUGCUAGAGUUCCCUUUAAUACCUACCGUAGAUUCCACUAGUACUGUAUUAGCCGAAAUUGUUGCAAUAUACCAUAUAUGUGUAGUAUUAGACCAUACCUUUUGUUGUAUAUACAUCGCCAUACAUUACUAAUGCAAUUGUUGCGCAAUAAACCAUCGUAUCGUAUCGUAUCGUAUAUAGGGCGGAGGCUUGGACCCUAACAAAGUCACUAGCACAAAAACUGGAUGCUUUCAACACCCAGUGCCUCAGAAGGAUAGAAGGCAUACGUUAGCAUGACUUCAUCUCCAACGAAUCUAUCCGCCUUACAACAAAACAGGUGCCACUCAGUGCCAGAAUCGCCAAACAACGGCUGACUUUCUUAGGACAUGUGGCCAGAGCAACCCCCACACAAGAGGUUAUCAAACUGACAACAUCUGAUCCUGGUCCAUCAUGGAAAUGUCCUAGAGGCCGCCCGAGAGGGAGAUGGGAAGAUCAGGUCUUCAACACACUCCAGGAGCUGGGGGUUCCCAGAUCCGACUGGACUGUCCACGCCCAGUGUAGAACAACGUGGCGAGAACUGUCUGUAGCCGCCACGCAUCAACAUAUGAUGCAUGCGAACGAUUGAUUGAUUGAUUGAUUGAUUGGGGGGGGGGGUGCAAACUGUAGACAAUAGACGGUUCUCUCCAAACAGAUAUAAUCUGACGUGCCUACACGUAUUAGGGAGAGGAUGAUGAUAGAAAAAGCAAAACAUUUCAAACUAGAACAGAGACGUACAAAAUGACGUAAAACUACAUGUACCCUAUACUUGGAGAUUAGUAGGAGCAAUGAGAAAGGUUGGUCCCAAGUAAGUACAAUGUACAUAUGUAGGUAAGUAACUAUCUAUGUACGAAAACUAACUUCUGCCAACAUAGGUAAACUUUCAAGCAAAUCACACAUUUGCUGUCGACAUGUCGCAUAGAUAGCAUUCUAUAAACAGUAAACUAGGCCAGUCCUAGUCCGGAUCAAUAAUUUAGUGACCCCAAUCCCAUUGCCCGCUAAAGGCUGUGGACAUAUCGGUAGCAUGUAAGAUGACACCGAUGUAACGUGUUAUUAAAAAAUGAUACUACUGGUGGGUAAGACGAGAACACGAAUCUAAUGUGCUGUGAAAAUGUUGUCCAUAUUUCAAGGUUACAGCAUGGAGACGACCCAAACUCAGAGCAAUGGUGUGCGCGAUCAGACUGAGAGGAUCGCCAACAUAAAACAACGAAUCCGUUAUCGCCAUACGAACAAAAUCUACAUCGACCUGAGGCAGCGCGGCUACAAUGAUGAUCAGGGCAAAAUCGACAUCGCCGAUCUCAUUCAGCUGGACCAAUGGCACUACAAUGGAACUGAGCCAAUCCAAAUGGCCAUCGACAAGAUCGGCAUCGGGGAGGGUGAUAAGGUGUUGGACGUGGGUUCCGGGAUCGGUGGCCCCGCGCGCUUCCUCGCCCAUGCCACCAAAUGUGACGUGACGGCCUGUGAGCUCUUACCGGAGAACCAUGACAUCGGUGUGGACCUGACUAACCGCUCAGGGAUGGGCAACAACGUCACACAUGUGUGCGGAGACAUUCUCACUGCGGACUUGGGUGAAGAGUCCUUCGAUAGUAUCAUGAGCAUCCAAGUCUUCUUCCACGUCAGCAACAAGGCAGCCGUGUACAAACGAUGCUUUGAUCUACUGAAGCCAGGCGGUGCAAUAUAUAUCGAAGACUUUUACCGGAUGAAGGACAUCAACCGCGAGGAGCGGGAAGUGCUCACCGAGUUCCUGAACAGCACUGAUGACAUGGUGACCAUGACGGAGAAUAAGUGCCUACUGGAGGACGCUGGAUUCACUGUCGUUGAGAUGAAAGAUUUCUCGACCAGCUACCGCCAGUACACCUACAACCGCUGGGCUGACUGGAUGAAUAAUCCCGACAAGUACGUCCAGCUGUACGGGCAGGACAACUACAACGGCUGGCUGGGACAGGCCAGCACCACCAAACAGCUAUGCCAUGAUUUCGGCGUCAUGGCAGGGGGGUACUUCGUCGCAAGGAAGGCCUGAAAAUCGGCCAAGCCCCUAUAGCAAAGCGUUAUCUCAAAGAAAACCGAUUGAUAUGGUGAUAAGAGUAUACAGAACGAUAGAUUCUACUUUUUUGUUCUUUUACAUCUUUGACAUUGGAAAGGUAGCCUGUACUUUUAAUAGCAGUG